AUGGAGGCAAGUCAUGACCCAGAGGGUCGGAAGGUCCUUAGAACAACCAUAAAGAACCUCGAAUACCUCUACGACGGCGAGCACGUUACAUGUUUUGGACGCAAGUUCAUGGAGCUAUAUCUUGGCUAUGACAAUCGUAACAGACCUGUUGAGUUCUGGAAGGCUCAACUCGCUUUUCGAGGCUUUUCGCCCAGAGGAAACGAUAUCAAGGCUCUCAAGCAACGUCUGGUUAAUUCUAAUACCGUUCAACCGGAUACCAUGGUCAAGCAAGGUAUUCAGAAAAUGAUGAGCGCCUAUCACAAGAAGGAUCAGGGUGAUCAGGAAGAAGAUGAAGAUUGUGAUGAAGCAUUUGUGGAAGAUAAUGAGGAAAAAGACAAUGACGAGGGAGAAGAUGACUCUGAGGAAGAUGGUGCCGAUGAUUCCGACGAGGAACUCGACGAUGGUCCCUGGGAUAUCACCGGACACUGGAAAUUGGAAUGCAAAACCAUGUCUUCAAACUACUGUCAAUCGGAAUCAUACACCCUUGACACCUUCUCUGCACCACGCGGAUAA